UAUGUUUCCGUGAAGAAUCUUGUUGUUUGAAAAAUAUCUUUGUGGUAUUUGCAAAAAAAAUAGUGGCCCAUGGCCUUGAUUAAAGUAGUUCCGGUUGAAUUGUGGUAAACAUUGUCUUUUAAGGGUUAAAUAAAACAUAUUGAUUCAUGCAAAACAUGGAAUCAGAUGUUACCAAAAAUAGAUUAUCAUCAAACAUGGCCAACAACCAGGUUACUGGCAACUUGCAUGCCAAUGCUGGUCAAGGGUCAAGCUUGGACAAUCAUAACUGGAAACCAAUGGAUACAGAGGACACUCAAACCACAAUAAACCAAGUUCAAGAAAUGCUUGAACAGGUCAGUUCAAGGGGUGUUCAGUCUAUGCUAGUAACUGUUGGUCCAUUUGGUGAAAUAAGUAUUCAUGGAUCACAGAAGGGACAAUUGUUUCUGAAGGAGAACUCUGAUAUUGGGGACAGAUUUGCUAAAAUGUGUACAGAUCAUGAUGUGUGGACUUUACUUGGUGCACAAAAAAGAUUCCUCGAAAUUGGUCGAGCCAAUCAGAACAAAGGCGUUUUCAAUGAGAAGGGAGAUUACCCUUUAGAUUUUUCACAUGAAAGAGGGAGUUAUUUCCCUGCACAAACUGGAGCUAGUGAAAGAGGGACAGCUCAAGAUAACUCAUUUGUGCAAGGUAUAUUGUCUCAGGGUGGAAACCAAAACAAAUCAUACCAACCAAAUACAUUCCUCCAUGGGAAUUUUAGCCAGUAUGAUACCCGACCAUUUCAUACUGGCUCGUUCUUUCAGGGUGGAUUUACUCAAGGACUGCCUGGUACUGAAAAUUUCCCGCAACCGAAUUUUAUGCAAAGUGUUGAUGCUACAGCUAAUAUGAAUAAUCCUAUGAUAUCUGUUCCGCAAACUAACAUGACUGUGUCACCCUCUGAGGUAUCACAUGACAAAAGCAAUGGUAUCUCACAAAGUGAGGCAGAUCUUAUAAAAGAAAUGCUAAACAGUACCCCAGUUCAAGAAGUGUUACAUUCCUCAGGAAAGCCGAAUAAGGAAAAAGUAAAAACUAAGGAAAAGAUUGACAAAGAUAAAGAUGCUCUGAAGAGGAAAAGGGAACGAAGGCCAGAAACAUGGCAGAGAAAUGUGAAGAAAAAAUUAAAGACAGAGGGAAAGGCUUAUGUUAAUGCAAAAGGUAAACUAGUUCCUGCAAAGAAAAUGAGGAAAGUUGAUUGUACUAAGUGUAAGCAAAGAUGUACUGAGAAAAUCUCAGAAGAAACAAGAAAGAAAAUAUUCGAAUGGUUUUGGAAGUUGGGAUCUUACACAGCUCAGAAAGAGUUUGUUGUUUCACGCGUUACCCAGGUCGCAACAAAAACUAGUAAGAGAAGACAUGUACAUAGGCUUUUCUCAUUUGAGAUCAAUGGUAAAUAUGAAUCUGUGUGUAAGCCGUUCUUUUCUAAAACACUGGGCAUUGGUGAUAGUUACAUAUACAAAGCAUUUGAGCAGAAGGCUCGUGAUUUGUUUGUUCAAGAUGGAAGAGGAAAGCACGCUCCAGUGAACAAAACAUCAGAGGAGCAAAUUGACACCGUACAUAAACAUUUAGCCUCGUACCUUGCGGAAUAUUCGGUACAAAGUCCUUUACCAAAGAGUAUACAUGCAGUAAAGUGGUAUGAUGAAUAUAUAUUCAUGUGCGGAAACGAAGACAAAAAACCUGUGUCAAAACACAUUUAUAGAAAGAUAUUUCAGGAGUAUGCACGGAGAUAUCCAACGCCACCGGAGAAAAAGAAAUCCGAUGACCAAAAUUCAAUACCUGGUUCAGGGUCAUCCAGUAAAGAUAUGCAUAUUUCAAACAAUCUAUCUAACAGCUCUAUAGACUCAUCAUAACCAUUUAUUUAUUACUGCUGAUUUGUUUUGACUAAUUCUAUAUACUAGUAGCUUUGUUAAAACCAGUCCAAAAGUUUUUUUUUUGUGUUUUUUUUUUUUUGUUUUAAUUAAUAAUUAUCGCAACAAAGGAUGGGCAUUGUCUGUUAUUUUAAAGCAUAAAAAGUUGUGAGAAAGGAAGUUGUUUUGUAUAAGUUCAAUUUAAAAGUUUUUUUAUAUAUCAAAGGUUUGUACAUGUACUUAUUUUGGGCAGAUGGUUGUUUUUGUUCUUAGCUGAUGCAAUAUGAAUCAUGGUAUUUGUCAUCAAGUAAGACAUGCAAAUUUUAUAGAUCUGUUUUUUUAAUAUUGAUAAAAUAUAAUUCAUAGUAAACAGUAGGUUUUCUUGUACUUAUAGGCUUGCUGGCUUAAUUAACAACACAAAAUUUUCAUUUAUUAUAAAAUUAUCAUUUUCUUGAAAUAAUAUAGAUUUAUACUGCAGGCAAUUCUCAAAAAAUAGAAUGUUAUCCAUUCUUUUUCAAUGUCAUUGUCACAAGCCAGGGUAAAACCGAGCAUCUGUUAUAAGUUCCUAGGUUAGGGCCAAAUGUUGUGAAACUAGGCAGAAUUUUUUUUUUUCUCACAAAAUAAAAGGAUUGUAGAUUUGAUUGUUAUGAAUGAUGCUUGUAGGCUUAACACUCAUAGAUUGUCUGUUUGAGAUAAGUUUUAUUUUUCUUUUGUAUAUUUGUAGAUUGAUUGUAUGAAAUAGUUAGCUUUCAUAUACAAGUAUGGUUAUAUAUUUAAUUUAAUUUUAAGCUACAUUUUGUUACUGACUUUGUUUUUUUUAAGUAUUGUGAGGUUGUUGUUUUUUUUAUGAAUUUUUAAUCAAUUGCAUUUUGUUUACAAAUAGACAAAAGAAUUUAGCUUACUUUAAGAUGAGGUAUUGCGAUUGCCCUGUGUCCAGCAUCCUCCAAUCAUUUUCCUGCAGUAGCAUUUACUUUAAACAAAAUCUCCUAAAUCUUUUGCCUCAGAGUGGUAGAUUUUUGUUAUGAAACUCUAUAGGAAUAAUAUCUACUCAACAGCUUGUUAGAUUUUGAAACUGUAUAAAAAUGACCCUUGGCUUGCACUUUGCAAUGCUUGCUAAAAUUGUGUCAUUCCGCUCAACAAGAUGGCUACGAGAGCUAUAAUUGAAUAUUAUAUAUUGAAAUAAACUUGAAAAAGCUUACUUGUAGGCAUAUUUUGCUUAAAGGGACUUAACUCAGGAUUUUUUAACAUGAGGGGACUGGAAGAUAAAUGUUCCAUUUGUUGAAGGUCUAAACUAAUAACUUGUGUGCAAAAUUUCAGACCAUUUGCUCACUCUGUUUUUCCAGGACAACUAUUAUAUUUGUGAAAAAUGACUCACAAUUGAAAAGCAAUGCAGUGCUUUUCACUCUUAUCCGGCUAAGAAUAGCACACAAAACAUAAUUUGUUAUUUAUUUCCGAGUAUAUUUCUUAAUCAUCCUUGAAUUUUCUGUUUUAAGUGCCCCAGUUGAUCUAUGUAAUAAAUUCAAAUUUUAAGUUUUAAGCUUUUGAAUCUCAGUGGAGUUCCUUUAAAGUCAAUUAGAAAAAUCAAAAACAAAAAUUGCUAAAAGUACUUCAAUCUGAUUAAUAAAAUUGCUGUUUAUAGUUAAAUGUAGACUUAAAUGUAUGAAUAAAAUGGCUG